AUGUCGUCCGAGGGCUACCCCCGCCGCACGCUCGCGCUUCCCCACUCGCGCCUCUUCUCCACUCCGGUCCAUAGCAUGGACCACAAGGAGCGUGCCUUUCUCUCCUACGAGAAGGCAAGGGCAACCGGUCUCUCCUACGACAUGACCAUGGACGACAUAGUCUCCCUGACCCCGAAGUUUUGGCAGAUGCACAACGACCCCAUCGUGCUACUGGAUGGUGCCGCCAUCACAUUGCUUACCAUCCAGUACAACCUCUGCGCAGGAACCAUUGCUCGCUACGCUAGACGCCGGCCUGAGCUGGUGCCUCUCGUCGAGGACCUCUUGGGAUAUCGUAAACACGGUCAAUUCUUGAUGACUGAGCUCGGGCACGGUCUCGACAUCGGCAACAUCGAGACCACCGCUACACUCCUUCCGUCUGGCGAAUUCUCGCUGAAUUCGCCAACACCCGCUGCCGCGAAGUUCAUGCCCCCAACUGUACCAGCAGGCACGCCGGCCAUCGCUGUCGUAUUCGCGAAGCUCAUCGUGAAUGGCGAAGACCGCGGCCACCGGCCAUUCGUCGUUGCCCUCAACGAUGGGAAGACAAUGUGCGCUGGUGUGCAAUCAAAGCUACUACCCUUCCGCGGAGGUCCUCAUCCAGUUACCCAUUCCAUCACUACCUUCCGCAACGUCCGCCUGCCAAGAGGCUCCCUGCUCGGAUCUCUUGAGAAGCCCGCUAACUUCCACGCGAACCUCAUGAACAUCAUCGAGCGAAUCACCAUUGGCACGAUCGCCCUUGGCUGCCUCGCUCUGCCGUUCAUGCAGUGCUACGCAACCAUUGGAACGAUGUACUCCCUCCGCCGCCAGAUCGGCCCCCCCUCGAAGAAGAUCCCUCUCCUCACCUUCCGCACGCAACAGGCGCCCAUCCUCGCUGCCGCGUCCAACGCCUUCGUUCUGCAAGCGAUGCAGCGCUGGUGCAUCAAGAAUUUCUGCAACACCCGCAUCGACGGGCGUGUGCGACACGGCAUCGCGGCGAUAUUCAAGGCCGUUAUGGCGCAACACUCGCAGCAGGGUGCCAUGGGCGUUUCGGAGCGUUGUGGCGCGCAGGGUCUGUUUGCACAUAACCAGAUGACCUCCUUGCACAGCGAAAUGCGCGGCAUCGCUAUCGCUGAGGGCGAUGUGCUGGGGCUCGCUAUCCGGUUGGUGAACGAGCUCCUCCUUGGGCGCUACGCCAUGCCCCCGCCCGAGAACCCUCACUCCCUGCUCGCGCGGCAUGAGGCCGGCCUCUUCGCCGAACUGCAGGGCAUCAUCAAGGGCGUCUCGCAUCACCGGAGCGACGACGUGAACAGGCUUAUCCUGCCGCACUGCCAGCCCAUGAUGGAGGCCAUCGGGCACCGGAUGGCCUACGACGCUGCGGUCGCGCAGGGGGUGCGAGGCCCGCUCGUGGAUCUCUACGUGGCGAACGUCGUCAAGCUCGAUGCGGCCUGGUACGCGGAGCACGCAGCGCUCGGCCGCGCCGCGCAGCAGGCCGCGGAGAUCCGGGCGCACGACGAGGUGCUGCCGAUGCUGGGCGAGCUCGUGAAGGAGAUGGACGUGUUCCCGUACGUGACCGCGCCCAUCGUCACGGACGAGCGCUGGGACGCGUUCGUCGGCGGGCUGACGACGUUCGCGGGCGACGCGCACGUCGAGCUGUUCGAUACGCGCGGCGGCGCGCUGGCCGAUCCUGAGAUGGUGAGGUCCCAUCUGUGAUUUCUGCCCGCGUGGACGUGCACCGACGACCUAGAUCUUCCCCUACCGACCCCUGCUGUUGACGCUCUGCUGAAUCUGCCGCUCCCUCGCUUGCUUUACGCUCUCAGUACGUCGAGCUCAUCCCUGUCGUGUUGAGCUACGUGUUGUAAUCCGUUCGCUCCUUGUCACGGUGUACAUUAGCCUGUUGUACAACAUCUCUACUAUGGUCUCCCCGUAUUUUCUUGUUGUUUACUACCUCGCGUCAAUACAUGCGAUACAC